AGUACGAAGUUCUGUCGUACACAUCCCCAACAUGAAAUCAGCCAUCUAAACGGAACUGAGCCUGCGAGAAGUGAUGGGAAAAUUCCACCCAGGGUUUAUGACUGCGCUUGAGUUUCCAAUGAUUUUCACUGGGAGGGAUGGAGAAAACGUGUGUCUUUAAAAGCCGGCAAUUGAAUUGGCUUGAGCGGAUCACCCCCGAUGUUGUGUAGAACUUUAGCCGAAAAGGGAAAAUCGGAGGAAAUUUUCUGGGAUGCAGACCACCGACGACUAGUCGCUCUCAAGCCUAGUUUUCCCCCCAUAGGAGUUGGGAUGUAGUGAAGUCAAUAAGGAGUUCGUCGUAUUUUUUGUGGAUAACGAUUGUUUGGGACAAGUAAACAAUUCAUCAUCUAAUGUGCUGAAGAGUAAAGGAGUUUAGAGGAUUGGCAUUUAAGCCGACAUUUCACCAUUUGGAGGACUGCCUCGACAACAGUCCUCAUUUUUAAAAAAAGAAAUUAUUACGCUAAGGCGCGCCCGUUGGACAGUUUCCUGAAAAUGCCAAAGAUGAGCAGAGAGCGUAAUGCCAAAGGGGAUGGACGGCUUUGUCAGAUUUUAAAAUGGGCUCUCCUGACGUCUCUUUACAGAGCAGUGGUGGAGUGUCGCAUGGAGGCGGCUCCCAAGUUCUCCUCGGCCCUGCCGACGUACCUGCCCGUCUCCUGCCAGCUCCAGGGUGCCGCCGAGUCGUCCUUCUUCCUGCGCGAGGCCGGCCAGGAGGCGCUGCGCAACGGCAGCCUGCAGACGCGCAGCGAGCCCCUUUACGUCCACCUGCCCGAGGCCGCGGUCACCGGCGCGCCGCUCGCCGUCAACUGCAGCUACGCCAACCUGACAGCCGAGGCGGUCGUGCCCGCCGAGCUGUUCCAGGGCUCGGCCCCCGGGUCGCCGCCGCUGCCGUCGGCCGCCCACGUCACGCCGGCCUGGAAGGUGCGGGCGCACGUGGUGUCGUCGCCGAGGGCGCUGAGCGCUGACCGCCCGCGGCUCCAGGUGCUCUUCUACCUGGCGGGCCGCCGGUGGGACGCGGCGGAAGAGGAGGUGGAGGGGGGAGGGCGGGGUUUGGAGGAGGAGGAGGAGGAGGGGGAGUUCCGGCUGCCCUGCGUGAGACUCUGGGCCCAGCGCGAGGCGGGAGAGGCGCCGGUCGCGGCCCAGUGCCAGCUGGAGGGCGGCCUGGGGAUCUGCGUGGCGGCCCUGGACCUCCCGUCCGGCUGGUUCGCCCCGGCGCAAAGCCCGUCCCGCAGGCGGACCCAGGAGGUGCCGCCGCCAGGCACCGAGCUGUACUACUCAAUCCUGCCCGCGGAGGGCGCCGGUGGACGGGAGUGCCCGGCCCUGCCCAAAGACCAGGGGAGGAGCGUGAACCGCGGGUAUGGAGGUCCGAUCCCCGGUCAGAACGAGGCCCUGCAGAAUGCCCAGCCGCUGGGCCGCGUGGUGCUGGGCGGCGGUGGCAGCGCUGGGGAGAGUAGGCCGAGCGGAGGAGGGCGUCUCCGGCUGGACGAUAACGUGGAGGUGGCGGUGCCGGCGAGUCCGGUCAGGCAGGGCCAGACGGUCGGCUUCCAGAUCAGCAUGAGCACGGCGGCCACAGUCCAGCAGUUCACACUCAGGGCCCUGUAUGGAGAAGGAAUCACUUUCGUCGUGUUGAAGCCUAGCAACCUGGCCUCCUGGGAGAUCAAACAGGAAGUGGUGCCAGGAAGCUCGUCCGUGUCCAUGUUCUGUCAGCGCAAGGCCAGCUCGCUGGGGCAGAGGCUUGAGGGGUCCUUCUACGAGGUCAUGUCCGUCGACUUUGAGAUUGACAACUUUAUCAACCUGAAGUCCACCCAGACUAUCCGAUGGCAAAUUGAGUAUCCAGCCAUGGGCCUGCAGGCAGAGGUCCUCUCCCAUAUCUACAUCAGCCAAAGGGACAUUGGGGGCAUAGUGCCCCUGGCAGAGGACACAGAGAUCCUGAACACUGCCAUUCUGACUGGACAGCGCGUCUCCGUCCCAGUGAAGCUGGUGACCGUGGAGCAGGACGGCACCGUGAGGGAAGUGGACGGCAUGGUGGGCUGUGCGUCCACCGAUGAAGACGUGGUGAAGGUAUCCCCCGGCUGUGAUUCGGUGCUGGUGAAUGGGAAGGAGAUGCGUGGGCGCCAGUCCCUGAUGGUCAACUUCACCUACCUGUACCUGAGCACACAACUGGAGCUGACCGUGUGGGUGCCGCGCCUGCCCCUGCAGAUCGAUGUCUCCGACACCGAGCUGAGUCAGGUUAAAGGCUGGAGGGUGCCCAUCCUCUCCAACAAAAGGCCCACACGGGACAGUGAGGAUGACGAGGACGACGAGAGGAGAGGAAGGGGCUGCGCGCUGCAGUACCAGUACGCCCUGGUGCGGGUGCUGACCCACUUCGUGGCCGAGCCGGCGGACCCGGGCGGGGAGCUGGUGUACAUGCUGGGCGCGGACUGGCAGGCGGACAUCACGGAGAUGGUGCAGGACUACCUCAAGGUGGAGGACCCGCGCAUCGCCCGCCUCAUCGAUGGCCGCGUCCUCAUGGGCAGAGACCUGGGCAUCACAACCAUCCAGGUAAUCUCACCGCUCUCAGACUCCAUCUUGGCCGAAAAGACGGUCACGGUCUUGGACGACAAGGUGACCAUCUCAGAUUUGGGCGUCCAGCUGGUGGCCUCCCUCAGCCUGUCCCUGCUGCCCAACCCUGCGGACGGCCGAGCCAUCUACGUCACCACCACGGCACAGGACCUCCUCCACACACCCAAACAGGAAGCUGUCAUCAGUGCCUGGAUUCAGUACAGCGAUGGCUCUGUGACGCCCCUCAACAUCUACGACCCCCGGGACUUCACCUUGACCGCCACCUCCUUGGACGAGGCUGUAGUCUCCACCUACCAGGAGUCCCCGCAGAAGUGGCCCGUGGUGCAGGCCGAGGGAGAGGGCCAGGGGGCCUUGGUCAAGGUGGAGAUGGUCAUCUCCGAGACGUGCCAGAAGUCCAAGCGCAAGAGUGUGCUGGCGAUGGGCGUGGGCAACGUGCGUGUGAAGUUCGGCCAGAACGACGUGGAGCAGCGAGGCGGCGGCAGGGGAGGUGGGCAGGACGAGGGCGAGGGAGGCCUGGACAACAGCACCAGUGAGCAGAGGAACAAGGGUCAGGGAGAGGAGGGCAAAACGGGCUCCGAGUUCACCAAGUACACCAGUGCCGCAGCUGACCGCGAGGAUGGCGUGGUGAGGAAAGUGAGCACCACAGCCAAGACCGUGGUGACCAAAAAAUCUGCCGGGGCCAAGCAAGGGGGCAGUAGCGGCAGUGGCGGCCAGACCCCCGUGGACUACACCAGCUUCCCCGCUCAGGUGGAGCUCCCCGGGGGUGCGGAGAAUGACCUGACCCAGAGCCCGCGCGGGCUGUCCGACCUGGAGAUCGGCAUGUACGCGCUGCUGGGCGUCUUCUGCCUGGCCAUCCUGGUCUUCCUCAUCAACUGCGUGAGCUUCGCCUUCAAGUACCGCCACAAGCAGCUGCCCGUGCUGGAGCAGGGCAACAUGAACCACGCACACGACUGGGUGUGGCUGGGCAACGAGGCCGACCUCAUGGACCACCACCACCACCACCACGCCAACCACCACGGCCCCCUGCCCCACACGGACGAGUGCACCACCGCCAUCGACCGCAGCGACAGCUGCGAGGAGAGCAAGUACCUGCUGAACGGCAGCGGGACGCUCAAGGGCAGCGUGUCGGCCCACGGCCAGACACUCCCGCGGACUCUCUCCGACACGCGCGGCCCGUGCGUGGGGAAGGACCAGUCGGGCAAGGCCGAGCCGCUGAACAACUCUCCCCGGGCCUCCAAGGGCAAGCGGGUCAAAUUCACGUCCUUCGCCACGGUGCUUCCCGACGAAGGAGGGCCCUACACCAACUCCAUCCUUGUCGGGAACGAAGACGACAUCAAGUGGGUGUGCCAAGACAUGGACUUGGGGCAGUCGGCCGAGAUCAGAACCUACAUGGAGAGGCUACAAGACAAUCUGUGAGAACACAAUGUUGGGGUGGGGAACUGGACUCGACAAAUCUCACCUGUAAUGCCUUUGCGGUUGCUGUUACUUUUUAGUGAAGGACUUUGACGAGGCGACGUCAAGUAGUUUGGAAUGCAAUGCAAGUGACAUUCAUUGAUUGACAUGACAAUGACUGAGCAGGGUGAGGGGUGAAUGGGUGUGUUGAACAGUUGCCCUGGCUGGCUCUGAGAACUUGAACUAAUGCCAGUCGAGGGCGUGGAAAGUAACUAAGUGAAAAUGAACCACUGGAUGGUGAGACCACGUAAAAGCAUACAAGAAUGGUGUACAUUUAUUUGAGCAUAAGAAUUUCGAAGAGCGAGAAUUGAGUUAACUUUUUUUUUUUUUGGUUCAAAAAUUCCAUCAGUUGGUUUUGUUGAGUAAUGUGUUUUCUGACUUUAUCUAGCAUCGCAGACUGUGUGUGUGUGUACCAUCUCAUGCAGUGACCAACACUAAAUGCCUCCAUCAGUUGUAUCCAUUUCUGUGAUCUACAUUGAUGGUUGGCUAUCCCCCACACCUUUGCCACCACCCCCAUUCGAAAAUGUAUGUGCUUUGUGUCACUUGUAGACAUCAUUUAAUCCCAUCCCGAAUCUGACUACAUCAACCCAAAACUAUAACCAUCAUGUAGGCUUUUAACUGCCCAUGUAGGCAAAUAUUUUAGACAUCCCAACAAAGAACAUACCUGUGCCAACCAUGCCCCAGCCAGAAGAAAAAUAUUAGAAAUCCUUUAAUAGCUUAUGAACGUAACAGUGCCGCCCUACCACCCUUUUUUGCAGUGAAUGUUUGAACUGGAGAAAGGAGAAAGAGAUUUUUCGAGCGUCCUUCACAGUGUCCCAUUGUGGCUGACGGAGGCGCUCACUUGCACAAUCGGAGGAAGCUGUGGUGGUCUCUUUCUUCUCCUCCUCCUCCUCACGCUAUUCUCACUAUAGCGCCGCCUGCCCUCCCUUAGUCUGUGUACAGUAUUAGGACGACUGCACAACCAUACCAGUAGCGCAAGGAGCUCCACCCUUCCCUCCUAGGCCUGGAUGAGUUGGAAAAGUUCCACGGUUGGUCUCAAAAGUAGCACUUCAGGAUCUAGAACUAAGGGAAAGAACUGUCUCUGAAGCGAUAGGUGAACAUUAUUCUGUACAGAUAGAUAUUCUUCUACUAACAUAUAUGGUCAGAGUGUGAAUGCUUGUUUUACAUUGUGUUUACAUUGUGUUUUUUCUUUUCUUUUCAAAGGUGUUCAUAAACUUUAUUUGUGAUAUUCCCACAAGUUCAAAGACACAAGGUGUCUGUUUGCUCCAUUAUUGGUUUUGUUUGUCCUGCAGUAUCGCUCCACUCUCUAAUUUAUUUGACAAUUCUUGCAGGUGAGAAGAGGCAAAAAUGACCUCUUGAACAGCUCAGGUGAAAAAAAAAAACAAAUGUAUAAAAGAGAAAUUGAUAGGAUGAAAUCUGAAAAAGUAGAUUGUAAGAAUGCAAUAUUUAUUUGUAAGUGUAACAUGAAAUAGGAUGUAAAUAAAAUCACAAAAAAUCUUCUGAAGAGCAAGACUAGGUCAUGGCCUACAUGGUUAAUUUUGUACAUUUUGCAUAGAAGUGAAACAGAAGGUUUUGCAUUGAUGCACCAUCUUGGAUUAGUUUCCCAAACACUAUACAUGGCUGUGAUCUUCAUAACUGAGAGAGUUGUCUGUGUGAGAUUCUCUUGAGUUAUUCUGUGAUGGCCGUAGACACAGUCAGCACUCUCAUGUUUUUGGGAAACUGAACCUUUUGCUUUUUUUUAAAGGUCCAUUCCUUACCCUUGAUCAUAACAUUCAUGGAAUUUGGGAUUGCACAGGAAUACCGAUACAAGGCCAUCAAGGCUGGGGUCACAUUUUGUUUCUUGUCAGGAUGCUAUAUUGCCACAUAGCUGGACCUGCCACACAAACAAAAAACAUACAGUAUGGGAAGAAAUGGCCACAAGAAGGAUGUCCAGCUCACUUCUCUGGCGCAUUACUACUGUGUGGGGGUGACAGAAAAGAAAGCAAUUUUCUGAGCCAAGGUUUCAGUAGGGGGAAAAUAAUACCACUCCCGUAAAAAAUGUGGGCUGCUGCACUGAUGAGAAUCUGUCAACCACUGAAUGGCUUGUUUAGCCAAGUGGGUGGAACAUUUUUUUGCUUUUUAAAGAAUAAAACUUUAAAAAGGAAUCACAAAGGUUUCAAGGCGACGAGAUUCAACAGGGAUUCAGACGCAGUCAUUCUUAUUCUGUGAUGUACAAAACUAUACAGUCACCGAAGCCUCCUCUCCCAUGAGUAUUCAGUCAACAAUCGUAAAGAGCCAGUGUUCCCUUUUCAAAAUAUAGCAUUCAACUAAUGAGCAUUAUUAUAUGGACUGAUUGUAGCCAUUUUUUGUACUCUUAAGUGCAAGUGUGAGUGUUCUGGGCAGUCAGAGCACUUGGCCUUCUGUGAAUCAUUGUAGUAGAUUCAUUUUUUUGUUAAUUUUUUGGUUUCCUUUUCUUUUUUGUAUUCCAUACCUCUUUUUACAAUAUGAGGAUGUGUACCUGAACAGUAAAGAAUAUGUAUAUAAAACCUUGAAAUGUUCCCCAUA